GUUUGUAUAUUGUUCAGUCCACAAUUUUAGCCAACCACAUAACCGCUUCUUGGGAUCUGCGAUUACGGACACAGCGCCAAGCGUGGGGUCUGGAUGUCCCAACAUCAACAAGAGAGCACCGAGGCCUCUCACUUCCCGACGAUGCCGCAGACGAACAAGUCCUCCAGCGACGCCAGCGCCGCCGGCCGGCCACCCGGUCCUGACUGGGGCGAUCCCCACCUGCUCGCCGGCGCCCGGGUGGAAGGCGAUGAGGACAACCUGGGAGAUCCCCAAAUAAUCAAAUCCCCAAGUGACCCCAAGCAGUACAGGUACAUUGAGCUAGCCAAUGGGCUGAGAGCUCUGCUCAUCUCAGACUUCAGCUGUGCGGAUGGGCAGGAGGCCUGCGAUGGAGACGACUCAGAGGAAGAGGGGAGUGAGGGAGAAGGGGGAGAGGCGGAGGAGGAAGAGGACUCAGGGGAGGGUACGGAGGAAGACGAGGAGGAGGGUGAGGAAGAGCAGGACAGUGAUUUCGAGGAGUUGGAUGAGGAUGGGGAAGGACUGAAGAAGAAAGGAAAAUCUGAAAAACAGUCUGCCGCUGCUCUGUGUGUGGGCGUGGGGAGUUUCAGUGACCCUGAUGACCUGCCUGGUCUGGCCCAUUUCCUGGAGCACAUGGUGUUUAUGGGCAGUGAGAAGUACCCAGCAGAGAACGGUUUCGACGCGUUCCUGAAGAAGCAUGGCGGCAGCGACAACGCUUCCACGGACUGCGAGAGAACCAUCUUUCAGUUCGAUGUGCAGAGAAAACGCUUCCGCGAGGCACUGGACAGGUGGGCUCAGUUCUUCAUCUGUCCGCUGAUGAUCAAAGAUGCCAUCGACAGGGAGGUGGAGGCGGUUGACAGUGAGUACCAGCUGGCCAAGCCCUCGGACUCCCAUCGUAAGGAGAUGCUGUUCGGCAGCCUGGCUAGGCCUGGGCACCCCAUGGGCAAGUUCUGCUGGGGGAAUGCCCAGACCCUAAAGCACAAGCCACGGGAGAAGAAUAUCGACACCUACCAGCGUCUGCGGGAGUUCUGGGAACGCCACUACUCCGCCCACUACAUGACCCUAGCCGUGCAGUCCCGAGAGAGCCUGGACACUCUGGAAGAUUGGGUGAGAGAGAUCUUCAGCAAGAUUCCCAACAAUGGCCUGCCUAAGCCUCACUUCUCAGACCAACUGGACCCCUUUAACACCCCUGCUUUCAACAAGUUGUACCUCGUGGUACCUGUGCGGAAGGAGCACGCCCUCACCAUUAGCUGGGCCCUUCCCCCACAGGAGCAGCACUACAGGGUGAAGCCGCUGCACUAUAUCUCCUGGCUGAUUGGUCAUGAGGGCGCCGGCAGCAUUCUCUCCCUGCUGAGGAAGAAGUGCUGGGCCCUGGCUCUGUUCGGAGGGAACAGCGAGACGGGCUUCGACCAGAACAGCACCUACUCCAUCUUCAGCAUCUCUAUCACCCUGACCGACGAGGGAUCACACCACUUCUACCAGGUGGCGGACCUGGUGUUCCAGUACCUGAAGAUGCUGCAGACACUGGGUCCCCAGCAGAGAAUAUACCAAGAGAUCCAGAAGAUCGAAGCCAACGAGUUUCACUACCAGGAGCAGACGGACCCUAUCGAAUAUGUGGAAGACAUCUGUGAGAACCUGCAGCUCUUUCCUAAAGAGGACUUCCUGACCGGAGACCAACUCAUGUUUGAGUACAACCCAGAGGUGAUCUCCGCGGCGCUUGCCCUCCUGACCCCAGAGCGGGCGAACCUGAUGCUGCUCUCCUCAGAGCAGCAGGGGGGCUGUGAGAUCCGGGAGCCCUGGUUCGGGACCCAGUACAGUGUGCGGGACGUGGAGCUGGGUUGGAGGCAGCGCUGGGCCGGAGACUCCCUCAGCCCUGACCUGCACCUCCCGGCCGAGAACAGGUUCAUCGCCACGGAUUUCACGCUGAAAGUGUCUGACUGCCCGGACACCGAGUUUCCCGUCAGGAUCCUCAACACUGACCGAGGCUGUCUGUGGUUCCGCAAGGACAAUAAGUUCAAGAUCCCUAAAGCUUACAUCCGCUUCCACCUCAUUUCCCCCGUCAUUCAGAGAUCACCCAAGAACCUGGUGCUGUGUGACCUGUUUGUGAGCGUGCUGGCACACCGGCUGGCAGAGCCGGCCUACGAGGCCGAUGUGGCCCAACUGGAGUACCAGCUGCAGGCCGGAGAGCACGGACUCCUCAUCAAGGCCAAGGGCUUCAACCACAAGCUGCCUUUGCUGUUUAACCUGAUCGUGGACUACCUGGCGGAUUUCUCCGCUGCUCCCGACGUGUUCUCCAUGUUCGUAGAGCAGCUGAAGAAGACGUACUUCAACAUCCUGAUCAAACCCGAAAAGCUGGGCAAAGACGUCAGGCUGCUGAUCCUGGAACAGGCUCGCUGGUCCGUGGUGCAGAAGUACCAGGCCAUCAUGCAGGGCCUCAGUGUGGCUGACCUGAUGGAGUUCAGCCAGAGCCUCAAGGCUGAGCUGU